UGCUGAUUUUCAUAGUUUAAACUGAUAUUUAAUGUGGGGAGGAGUAGUAUAAUUUAAAGGUGUAAAUUAAUAAUUAAAAUGUAUUUAAAGUGGUAAUUAGAAUUAGAAUUAGAUUGCCAAACACGCCCUCUCACGUACCUUCUGGGGACACCGACUGUUAGGACGAUUUAUAGGCACUAUGUCCACCAUUAAUAUUCCUCCACGUGGCGCAUCGCACGGCAUUCAUUAUUUAAAUAUAUAUAUAAAGUUAAAGAAAACAUUUUUAUAUUCUCGCUCGUGUACCGACGCAUCCCGCCCGAUUUUCUCUCUCUUUCUAUCUCUCUCUCUUGCUCGCUGGCUCCUUCUGUUUCAGUUUACGCGUGGAUAUGAAUCCUUAAAUCUGAAUUAAUUGUUAGGGAAAUUCUACAGCCCCAAAAUCAAUUUCAAUUUUAAGAAAAUUAGGGUUCAUCCUUGUUUCUGUUUCCUUUUAAUCAAAGUUACUCGGUUUGCAGUUUGCUUAGGUUGAUCUCGUUUUUUGAUUUGACUGGACCAAGUGUAACAAGUUUGGGGAGAAAACAUUGGCUUCUUCGGCACAAGUUCAUGCAGUAUACUAUGAAGAUCCUUUGUCUCACAUUGGUGUAAUGAUAUAUAAUAGAUUUGUUGAUACAGUGGAAUAGAGAUGAACGUAUCUGCUCUCUUGACCUCUGCUGGUAUCAAUACUGUCGUAUGUGGGGUGCUUUUUUCUCUCUACUCUGUUCUAAGGAAACAACCGAAUCUAGUGAGCGUUUACUUUGGACAGAAGCUUGCCCAAGUUAACUCAAAACGUAAUGAUCCGUUUUGGUUUGGGAGGCUUAUUCCUUCUGCUAGUUGGAUAGUGAAGGCAUGGGAAGCCUCCGAAGACGAAUUGUACGUCAAUGGGGGUGUCGAUGCUGUCGUAUUUCUGCGUGCAGUUGUCUUCAGUAUCAGAGUAUUCACUGUUGCUGCUGUCAUAUGCUUGUUUCUUGUUCUCCCACUUAAUUAUUUUGGGAAAGAUAUGGAGCACAAGCAUAUUCCAGAGGAACAAUUGACCGUUUUCACCAUUGGGAACGUCAUGGAAGGAUCAAGAUGGCUUUGGGCUCAUUGUCUUGCAUUAUACAUCAUAACGUGCUGCUCUUGUCUCCUCCUUUACUUUGAGUACAAGAACAUCACGAAAAUGAGAUUGACGCAUAUCACUGCAUCUCAUUGCUACCCAAGUCACUUUACAGUAAUUGUUCGUGCAAUUCCUUGGGUUGAGGAAGAAUCAUAUAAUGACACUCUGACGAAAUUCUUUACGGAUUACUAUGCAUCAAGCUAUUUAUCAAACCAAAUGGUUUAUCAGUCUGGAGCUGUCCAGAAAUUGAUGAGUGAUGCUGAAAAGAUGUAUAAGAUGAUCAGGUCUCCCCACAUGGACAAACACUGCGUACCACGAUUUAUGAGAUGUGGUUUUUGUGGAGGCACUGCAGCAACAUCUUUUAAGAUCCUCACUGAUGAGCCUAAAAUUACCAGAAGGGAAAGCUGCUUUGAUGGUUCGGAUUUGAGGAAAAAGGAGUGUGGAGCGGCUUUGGUUUUCUUCAGGACUCGUUAUGCAGCGUUGGUUGCUUCAGAGGCUCUUCAGUCACCGAAUCCCAUGUCGUGGGUCACUGACUCUGCUCCAGAACCAUGUGAUAUCUAUUGGUCAAACUUAUGUGUGCCGUACCGACUGCUCUGGAUUCGCAAGAUUGCUGUUGUUGUGGCCUCUAUAUUUUUUGUUAUUUUCUUCCUUGUUCCCGUGGUGUUUACACAAAGUCUUGUUCAUCUUGAUAAGCUAACAAAGAUGUUUCCAUUUCUGAAGGCUAUUACAAAGAGGAAAGUUAUGGAACAGCUAAUCACUGGAUAUCUACCUAGUGUUGUAAUCACUCUCUUUCUAUAUAUCGUCCCGCCUGUAAUGAUGUUAUUCUCUACAUUGGAGGGAGCCAUAUCUCGUAGCGGACGAAAAAGAAGUACAUGCGUUAAAGUUGUAUAUUUCGUCAUCUGGAAUGUUUUCUUUGCAAAUAUUCUAACAGAUGCUGCUAUUGAACAUUACCAAGUUUCAAUCACAAAGUUGGGAGAUGCAAAACAUAUACCAAACUUGCUCGCCAAAGCAGUGCCAACAACUGCCACGUUCUUUAUGACGUAUGUCCUAACAUCAGGGUGGGCAAGCUUGUCCGUUGAACUCAUUCAGCCAUUUCCCCUUAUCUGCAAUUUGUUUUAUAGAUUCAUUCUCCGAAACAAAGAUGAUUCAUCUUACGGCACAUAUACUUUUCCAUACCACACAGAAGUUCCAAGGGUUCUUCUGUUUGGGCUUCUGGGCUUCACUUGUUCAAUCUUAGCGCCUCUGAUAUUGCCCUUCCUCCUCGUUUACUUUGUCCUUGCCUUUCUAGUCUAUCGCAAUCAGAUACUCAACGUAUAUGUUACGGAGUACGACAGUGGGGGGCUAUAUUGGCCUAUUGUGCACAACGCAACAAUAUUCUCUUUGGUGAUGACACAAAUAAUAGCUCUGGGGGUUUUUGGACUCAAGGAAUCACCUAUUGCCUCGGGCUUCACUUUUCCGCUAAUCAUUUUUACACUCCUUUUCCAUGAGUAUUGCAGGCAAAGAUUUCACCCCGUCUUUCGAAAAACACCUGCACAGACUGUUAUUGAAAUGGACCGUAAAGACGAGCAUUGUGGGAGAAUAGAAGAUAUUCAUGCUCAACUGCAAUCUGCUUAUUGCCAGUUCAGAUCAAAGUCCCUCAAUCUUCAUAAAAGUACAGAACAUAAUAAGAUUGAGUCUGUAUUGGCGGACAGCAUCGAGACGGGGGAUAUUGUCAGGCUUGACGAUCUUGAGUACAUUGCACCAGCUGUUUUAGGAAAGCGAUCCAUUUCAUGAUGGGAGAAGCACCGAAAUGGAGUUACACGAGGAACUAUAUGUAGGUCUAUUUUUAUGCCUAUAUGCUAGUUUACAGUAUACUAUACAAAUUGGAGGUUAUGUUUGGAUAUUGGACCUCCUGAUAGAAACACAUUCGAUCGAUACUUGUAAAGUCUGUUCUAAAAUCCUUUUGAGAGUUCAGUUUUGUGAUAAAGAAAUUUUACCUCAAAUUCUCGUUCAAAUUCAUGUAUUACAAUUUUAUGUUAGGUCUAAAGAAUAUGUUUUGGUA